CAGUUUCUCAUUUUUUAUAAGGUAUACUUACUUCCGCGGUUACGAUAAAAAGAGUGUAUAAACUGCACUACUUUCUACACACAUUUAUACUCAUUCAGGGUUCGUCGGAGAGAGAAGAGAAGAGAGAGAGGACUUAUGCAUCACAUCUAAGUAACAGUGCGUUGUUGUUUAAGUAGGCAACUAUAAGCAGUGAGCUGCAGAGAGGUACGUCAAAAAUGGCAGAUCAUGCACCAAGCAAGAUCGACAUCGAGGAAGUUUUCAAACGUCUACGAGCACAACCUGCCAACAAGACAUGCUUUGACUGCAAUGCCAAGAAUCCAGCCUGGUCCAGCGUGACAUAUGGAGUUUUUCUUUGCAUAGACUGCUCGGCUGUACAUCGAAACCUUGGAGUUCACUUGACUUUUGUACGCUCCACGCAACUUGACACCAAUUGGACAUGGUUGCAGUUAAGGAACAUGCAAUUGGGUGGCAAUGCCAAUGCUAAAAAAUUCUUUCUCCAACACAAUUGUACGAGUAAUGAUGCACAGCAAAAGUAUACGUCAAGAGCUGCUGUGAUGUACAAACAAAAAUUGUCUGAAGCAUCUGCCCAAGCAAUGCAAAAGUAUAGAACUAAGGUUCAUCUACCUACAACUAAAAACCAAAACUUGUUGCAUUUAGAAGAAAACAUUGAACCAGAAAGUAAUCAAAAUGACGUUGACUUCUUUGAAGCCCACGAAAACUUUGAUAUCGAUAAUUCUGAAACCGUUGUGCCUAGUAAUCAUGUCCAUGAAGAUACCAUAACGAAACUAUUAAAUGAAGAUCAUGUCAUACACGAACUUGACAACAUACACUUGACAAAAAACACAAUUGAGCCCUCAAAGGAGGUUCUGGGACCAUCUGCAAAUAUUUCAGAAUCACCCAUGCUCGGAACAGCUGUAAGAAAGUCUACAAUUGGUGUUAGGAAACCUCAACCCAAGAAGGGAAUGCUUGGGAAGAAAGUCAGUGGCCUUGGUGCCCAGAGAAUAACAACGAAUUUCGAGGAGAUAGAAAAGAGCGCUGCAGAAGCUGGAAAGAUAAGCAAAGAAAUAGAACCACCCAAGAAUAAAGAGGAAAAGAAGGAGAUAGAAGAACGUUUACAAUAUCGUUAUGAACAAGAUUUAACCGAGCUAGCAAAAAAAAUUGAGGAAAGAACUCGAAAAUUAGAUCCUAGGAAAGCAAACCAAGCUGAACGUCUUGGAAUAGGUUUCAAUACGAAGCGAGGCUCGAGUCACUCAGCUGUAAAUGAUAUGCAAGUUAUCACACAAGAAGUUUCUUCCAAAGUAAUAACAGCCACAGAGCCAAGGAGAGAAAAGAAAAUAGACAUUGACUUCCUCUUGAACGAUUUCGUGGAAGUAGAAUUACGUAGAAAAUCAAGUGGUAUUGACGAAUUCAUCAUUGAGGAGGAUCCUGAUUUCAGUCGUCGCGGAGUAUCAUCACAAUUUUCCGCUGCACCACCAAAAGAGACAUCAACUGCUCCUAGAAAUUCGAGUAGAAGCAGCAGUAGCAGUAACAGUAAGGCGCCGCAAGAGAGUGACAUCGUCAAAAAGUAUGCUAAUGCAAAAGCAAUCAGUUCCGAACAAUUUUUCAAAGACUCCCCUAACGACAGCAAUUGGGAGCAAAAAAAUAAUUUGCGACGAUUCGAAUUCUCGUCCGCCAUCUCCUCGGCAGAUUACUUUGGGGAAACAAGUCCAGCUUCACCAACUUCGUCUUAUUCAAUGAACCUUGGCGGAAGAGGUGGUGUAGACCUGGAAGAUGUUCGCGAAAGCGUUAGGCAGGGUGUUCACAAAGUAGCUGGCAGACUCAGUUCACUUGCCAAUGCUGCUGUUAAUUCUCUGCAAGACCGAUACGGACUCUAAGCCCAUGCAAAUAAUAUUGUUAUGCCGCAAACAAAAUGUUAUUUAUAAACUAAUGAAAUUGUAAGUAAUAAAAUAUAAAAAAAAG